AUGUCGGUCGGCAAAUUAGCGGAGUUCCAAGUGCGCGGCGGUACGUGGUCGUCAUACGUAGAUAGACUCGAAAUGUACUAUAAAGUGAAUAAAAUAAGUGCCGACCUAAAACUACCUAUAUUAAUUGCGAGUAUGGGUGAUGAGGCCUACGAGUUACUGGUGAACUUGGCGUGUCCUAGUAAGCCGUCGGACAUAACCUAUGAGGCCGCGUGUGACCUACUACGUGACCAUCUGCAGCCUUCCCCGUCGGUGUGGGCGGAACGGUUCAGGUUCAGACAGAGGCGGCAAAGCGCAGAAGAAAACGUUUCGGGUUACGUGGCCGCACUCAAAAAGGCGGCACGUCUUUGCAACUUUGGAGAUAAGCUGAACGACAACCUCCGGGAUCAGCUCGUGUGCGGGCUGAGGAGCGACGUCAUUCGUCAGCGCCUGUUCGCCGAGGACGACACAUUGACGUUCACGAACGCGGUGAAGCUGGCCACGUCACUGGAAGCGGCGGAGAUAAACGCGGCAGCGGUGGAGGCGCCGGGAGCCAGUGGCGGCGGCGGCGGCGGCGGGGCGGCCAGCUCCGGGGGCGCGGUGCAUGCGCUCGAGCUGGCGCAGCAGGGGCGCGCGCGCGGGCCGCAGCGGGGCGGCGGCGGCGGCGCGGGUGGCGGUCCCCACAGCAGCCGGGGCGCUGGUAGCUACAGCAGCAGCGGCGCGGGUGGAGCGGCGUUCAAUGGAGCCGACGGUUGGCGUCAAUCGCGGGGCCACGAGGCAGUGACGGCAGCAGCGCCCGGCCGAGGGGCAUGUCGUGCUUGUGGUGCGCGCAACCAUUCGGAGAAUAGUUGUCGUUUCCGGGACUAUGUGUGCAGCCGGUGCAGGGAGACGGGCCACCUGAGGCGGGUGUGCCCGCGGGCGGCGGCGGCGGCCGCGCCCCGGGCCGGGUGCACUACGGAGCGACCGUCGCGGAACCUGACUCCUGGGAGGAGCACCUCGGCGAGGGCGCCGAUCUCGAGGAGGCGUUACACAGCUUGUGUCUAAACGAUUACAGAGCGGUAUAAGGAGUUGUUUUCGGGCGGACUGGGUCGGUACACUGGCGGCGCGGCGCGGCUGCGCGUGCGCGAGGGCGCCCGGCCCGUGUUCCACCGCGCGCGGCCGCUGCCCUUCGCGCUGCGGGAGCGCGUGGACCGCGAGCUGGACGCCAUGCUGGACGCCGGCGUCAUCGAGCCCACCGACUGCUCCGACUGGGCUUCUCCUCUGGUACCCGUUACAAAGGCUGAUGGUGGGUUAAGAAUUUGUGCUGAUUACAAAGCGACCUUGAACCCCGUCUUACUGGUUGAUAGGUAUCCGUUGCCUAGGAUAGAUGAGGUACUCGUAGGACUCAAUGGGGCGCAAUAUUUCUCAAAAAUUGACUUGAGUCAGGCUUAUAACCAGGUAGAACUCGAUGAUACUAAGAAAUACACAGUAAUAAACACUCAUAGAGGUUUAUUCACGUACAAUAGACUAGUGUACGGCUUAGCAUCGAGCUCGGGCAUAUUCCAGCGUAUUAUGUCGACGUUAUUAAGCGGUAUUCCAAACGUAGAAGUUUUCCUUGAUGACGUCAUCAUCGGCGGACGGACGGAGGCGGAGCAUUUAGAAGCAUUAGAGGCGGUAUUCCAGCGGUUGCAAAGUAAAGGAUUAAAACUUAAAAAGUCUAAAUGCAUUUUCUUAACCGAUGAGGUGUCGUAUUUAGGUUAUAUUGUUUCAAAAGACGGCAUUAAAACGGAUCCUGCUAAAGUUUCAGCUAUUACUAAGAUUCCCCGGCCGGAAAACGUUUCCGAAUUACGAUCGUUUCUAGGUCUAGUAAACUUUUAUGCAAAAUUCGU